AGUUCAUUGAGGCUGAGUAGGGACAGGGGUGGAGCCCUGCUGAGGACACAACUGGUAUGACUACAGUCACAGGGGCUCUAGUGUGGGUCCCAGACCUCAGGAUUUUGUGAAUGGAAGAAGAUUUUCCUGGAGCCAUGCUAAGAGAUGAACAACCUCAAGUACUCCUAGGCCCAGGAAGAAAGCCUCUCUAGAGACAGAUGUCUUCGUUAUUCUUGGCCAAUAUGGGUCAAGACAAGGGGCUAAGGUGGCAGAAGCCUGUUCCAUCCCCCACCCCCCUGACUCAUUUGGAUCAGGUUCACCUCCUGGGCACUGUGCCAGCUGGGGAGGCUGGUGCAUCUUUAAUGAAGUCACUGGAUCCCUCGGACAGGCUCUUGGCCUCACCAAGUUCUUGGAGCCAGACUCACUGGUGUCCACUGAGCCACCACCUUCCUGUGCUUGGGUGCCUGACCCCUUCCCUCUGCAGCCAUGAACCAGGCCUUCUGGAAAACCUACAAGUCCAAAGUGCUACAGACCCUGAGUGGGGAAUCUGAGGAAGACCUGGCAGAGGAGAGGGAGAACCCAGCAUUAGUGGAGUCUGAGACAGCAGAACCAACGGAGGAGACCUUCAAUCCCAUGUCACAGCUGGCCCGCCGGGUUCAGGGGGUCGGGGUGAAAGGCUGGCUGACAAUGUCAUCUCUGUUUAACAAAGAAGAUGAAGAUAAGCUGCUACCAUCAGAGCCUUGCGCUGACCACCCUCUGGCGGCGCGACCCCCCUCGCAGGCGGCGGCGGCUGAGGCGCGCGGUCCGGGCUUCUGGGACGCGUUCGCCAGCAGGUGGCAGCAGCAGCAGGCGGCGGCGGCGUCCAUGCUGCGUGGCACCGAGCCCACUCCGGAGCCGGACCCCGAACCCGCGGACGAGGCCGCCGAGCGCCCCGAGUCGCAGGAGGCCGAGCCGGUGGCCGGCUUCAAGUGGGGCUUCCUCACUCACAAACUGGCGGAGAUGAGGGUGAAAGCCGCGCCCAAGGGCGACUAGCGGGCUGGCCGAACCCGGCGCCCGCUGCUCCCACCCCUGAUAAAAACCCAGGCCCCACA